UUGCGCUUCCCUAGAUUAUUCUUUUACAUUAUUACUAUUUACUAUGCUCUGUGCAUUAUUUUUACAACUUGAUCUAUGUUUUUACAAUCAUUUCUUUGAAUCAUUUAUCUUAUAAUAUUUAUCCUACUCUAUGAUCAUUUACAAAGAGACCAAAGAGUAUAAUCAUUUAGCUUGCGUUAGCUGACGAGUCUGCAUCGUCAAGUUGUUCGUGUUUUUUGUUCUUUUAAUUUAGUAGUGUUAUGUUUCAGUGUUUUGUGAUGGUUGGUUGUAUUAACAAUUUAACUCAGGUUGAGGUUUGAUAAAAGUCUAACCAUUUUACCUGUUAUCAAAAUUUAACCAAGACUGUCAUCUUAAAUUUCUUUUAUUUCUUGAACCUACAAGACAUUACUGAAAUCAAUUUUGCUUCACUUGGAAGACAAUCCGUUAAAACAAAUUAGUCAAAAAAUAUACAAAUAAACAACCUAAAAUGGUUUGCGAUAAAUGUGAAAAGAAACUUGGUCGUGUCAUAACACCAGAUCCGUGGAAAUCAGGAGCACGGAACACCGUUGAAUCUGGUGGCAGAAAAAUUGGUGAAAAUAAAGCGCUUACAGCUAAGAAGGGAAGAUAUAACCCAUACACAUCGAAGUUCCACGAAUGCAAGAUAUGUCGCACAAAAGUCCACCAAAUGGGUUCACAUUACUGCCAAGCCUGUGCCUACAAGAAAGGUAUCUGUGCUAUGUGCGGUAAGAAAAUAUUGGACACGGCAAACUAUAGACAGUCUUCUACAUAGUUGUAAAAUAUUAUAAUAAUAUUAUUGAUUAAGUUAUUCGAUAAGUUUAGUGUAAAUAUUUGUGCAAUGUUGCAUUGGUUUUUGUACUUAUAAGAGUUAUAGUAUUUGUUUAAAUAUUACUUUUUCCAUAUAAUUGUUAUGUAAUGUACGUUCUAGUACAAACUAGUACAAUAAAUACAGACAAGAGAUACUCAAAAUUUAUUUAAUAAACAAUUUAAUACAUUGGAAACUGGAUUUAAGUCAUUAUUAUGUAGAUGUUAUAAUUUUUUUUUACAGUAACAUACUACAUGUUUUAUGUGCAUCUAGUAAGUAAAACAAAGUUAAAUGUAAUACAAGAAUGUAUGACAUUUAAUUUAAAGUUUUUAAUUUUUCAAUUACUUUACAGUAGUUUUUAAAUUGUUUGCCAUUGUUAAAACAUUUGUUAUAUCGACCAUAUCUCCAGAAGAGAAAUUUGGUAGUCAUAAUGUUUCUAUGAAAACAAUAAUUAAUACUUCUGCUUUUCAAAGUUAAAUAGAGAUUUAAAUUUCAUAAAAUUGUUAAAAUUGUUAUCUGAUUGUAAUAUGUUAAAUACAAAUAAGUGUAUAAUGUGUAUAUAGUGUACAUAAUUGUUUUAUAAAUAAACUUUUUAAAGAAUA